AUGUCACAGUUGAAAACUUCAACGCCGCCACCACCAAAUUCUGCUAUAGACAUCAAAUCAAACGGCUCUGAAGAAUAUGAAAGCGUUUUCAGCUCACAACUUGAAAGAUCCAGCUCUAGCUCUUUGACAAAUCAUUAUUCGAGGUUAAGAAGUAACUCACUUUCAGUUCCCAAUGAAAAGCCAACAGAUCUUAAUCCUGCCCCCAAUAAGUUAUCAAAUUCGUUAUCCCCAGUGAUAUCACCUAUGAAGAAAGUGUUGAAUAAUGAAGGAUUGAAGAAUUUGAUUAAAAAAACCAAUAUCAAGUUGGGAUUCUCUGAAGAACCUAAACAUGAGCUUACAGAUGGUCCUCUGACCAAAACUUUUGAAGAUAUGACGACUGAUUCUAGAAUGGCCAGUGAUGAAGACCUGAAUAUGGAUGUUCUACAUCUAUCAGAUUCAAAUGGUGAAAUUGUAUUGGAAAGUCCAGAAAUACCUGAAGUUUUAGUUAAAGGCUUACCGCUUUUAAAAAUCACACAUAAGAAAAAAGUGCAAAGAAUCUUCAAGGUUGAUUUAGAUACCGCUAUGGUCGUUUGGAAUAAUAAGACCACAUCAAGAAUGUUACUUGAUAAUAUCAAACAGAUAAAAGUUAUGGAUGAUGCUAAAAAUUAUAGAGAAGAAUAUAAAGUUUCUAAAGAGUUCACAAAUAGAUGGGCAACUGUCAUAUAUACAGAUAAUUCAACAAAUAAAUUGAAGGCGCUUCAUGUUCUUUCCUUGACUUCUAAAGAUCUUGAAAUAUUUGUUGGAACUUUAAAGAAGUUAGUUUCAAGAAGAAGAGAAUUGAUGAAACAUUUGUCUAUCCCAGGGGAAAAUUUUGCAAAUAUCCAUUGGAAAAAUUAUGUUUCAAAAGAUACUAAAGAGAAACAUUUACUUUCAUUUGAUGAUGUUUUGAAACUUACGAAAAGAUUACACAUAAAUUGUGAUGAAAGUCAUCUUUUUCAAAUUUUCCGUGGUAAUGAUACAGAUAGAAAAGGUGCUUUAAACUUCGAAGAAUUUCAAAGUUUUGUUAAAUGCUUGAAGGUGAGACCUGAAGUAUUAGCCAUAUUUAACACAGCUACUGGAGGUAAAGAAGUAAUGGAUCUUGCUUGUUUUAUGAAAUUUAUCAAAGAAGUGCAAUUUCAAGAUGAUUCACUAAGCUAUAUAGAAAAGCUUUUCAACAGAUUUUCCGGUGAUGAUCAAUAUAUGAGGAUUGAUGAUUUCACAAAUUAUAUCACAUCAUCUUAUCUUUCACCAACAAAACAAGAACCAGAAGAUUAUAAUAGACCUUUCAAUGAAUAUUUUAUUUCUUCGUCCCAUAAUACAUAUCUUUUGGGUCGUCAAGUUGGUGGUCAGUCAUCUAUUGAAGGAUAUACAAAAGCAUUACAGCGUGGUUGUCGUUCCAUUGAAGUGGAUAUUUGGGAUGGUGACAAAGGUCCAGUUGUUUCUCAUGGGCAUACUUUCACUUCAUCAAUUCCAGUUGGUGAUGUAUUUGAAACUAUAAGAAAAUAUGCAUUUAUCAUUACCCCUUUUCCAUUAUUUAUUUCUCUUGAAAUUCAUUGUAAACCAGAGUAUCAAAAAAUUGUUGUUCAGCUGAUGCAUGAGAAAUUUGGUGAAGUUUUGAUAACCAAACCGUUGAUGACCAAUUACUUCAAUUUACCAAGUCCCAUGGAAUUGAAACAUAAAGUUCUAGUGAAAGUUAAAAGGUCCAUGAGAGAAGAUUCAAGAACAAGCGGUAACUCAAGUAGUUCUUUCAGCUCUACUGCAUGUGACGAAACUACAAGUGGUGAUGAAUUACACAAAAAUACAAAACCCAUUAAAAAGAAAAAAGUUCAUUAUAAAGUAAUCCCAGAAUUAAGUGCGUUAGGUGUUUAUGCUUUGGGUUAUAAAUUUACAAAUUUUUCAUUACCAGAAUCUAAAACAAUCAAUCACAUCUUUUCAUUCAGUGAAAACUCUACAAAUUCAAUGAUCAAGGAUUCAGAUAAGAAAUACUUGAUUGAAAAGCAUAAUAGAAAAUAUUUGAUGAGAGUCUAUCCAUCUGCUAUAAGAUACAAUUCUACAAAUUUCAACCCAAUAAAUUACUGGAAUUUAGGUACUCAGAUGGUUGCUACAAAUUGGCAAACAUAUGAUCUUGGUCAACAAGUUAAUGAAGCAAUGUUCAAUGUUGGAUCCAAGACAGGGUAUAAACUAAAACCACAAGGAUUGAGAAAUACGAAUCAAAAAUUCAAAUUGAUUAAACAUGUUGAUCAAUUUUUGAAAUUUUCUAUUGAAAUUUUAUCAGGACAACUAUUACCAAGACCAACAGAAUUAAAACCAGAAGAAAGUUUAAGUCCAUAUGUUGUUUUUGAAAUGAUUGAACCGAAUUUAGUUUCUAAUUUACAAAUUACAGAUUUUACUACAAAUGAACAUUUUUCAUCAUCAACAGGUUCUUAUGCAACAAAAGCCGUGAUAUCAAAUGGAUUUAAUCCAAUUUGGAAUACUAAAUUUGAAGCCAAGAUUAAAGAUUUAAGCGGGUUGAAUUUUUUCAGGUUAAUGGUUAAAACUGGUGAUAUUCCAUUUGCUGUUUAUUGUUUCAAACUAGAUAACUUGAAUCAAGGUUAUAGACAAAUACCACUUUAUGAUUUAAGAGGAGAGGAAUAUAUAUUUUCCACACUCUUCAUUCACGUUAGUUAUGAGUCAUGUUAA